AUGGCGCCCAAAAAGACCGUUGGCAUCCUCGGCGGUGGCCAGCUCGGCCGCAUGCUCACGCACCCCGCGGCUUUGCUCGGCAUUCCCCUCAUCAUCCUCGACGAGGGAGACUACACGCCCGCCAAGCAGACCCUCCUUGCCCCCCUCAACGAGGACCACCUGGACGGCCCCUUCAAGAGCGAGGAGCACAUCCGCGCCCUGGCCAAGAAGUGCGAUGUGCUCACUGUUGAGAUUGAGCACGUCAACGCCGACGUGCUCGAGGCCGUCGAGAGGGAAGGUCUUUGCGAGGUCCACCCUUCGGGAAAGACCAUUCGCUUGAUCCAGGACAAGUACCUCCAGCACCAGCACCUGCACGAGCAGGGUAUCGCGUGCGCGCCGUUUGCUGCUCUUCCCGCAAACCCCACACACGACGAUGUCGUUGCCAUUGCCGACAAGCUCGGUCUCCCCCUCAUGCUCAAGGCCCGCACGCUUGCAUACGACGGCCGCGGCAACUUCCCCCUCAAGAGCACCGAGCCCCGCCAUGUCGCUGCCGCGCUCGAGUUCCUCGGCGACCGCCCUCUCUACGCCGAGGGCUGGGCACAGUUUGUCAAGGAGGUGGCUGUCAUGGUUGUGCGCAACACCAAGGGAGAGGUGCGGUCGUAUGAUGCUGUCGAGACGAUCCACCGCGAUUCGAUUCUCCGCGUCUGCUUUGCGCCCCUCCGCCCAGAAGCCGGCAUGGUCGGCGUCAACCAGCGCGCUCGCGAGCUCGCUGAAAAGGCCGUGGCCACCCUCGACGGUGCCGGCAUCUUUGGAGUCGAGAUGUUCCUCCUCCCUGACGGUUCGCUGCUCCUGAACGAGAUUGCUCCCCGCCCUCACAACUCGGGUCACCACACCAUUGAGGCGUGCCACACGUCCCAGUUUGAGAACCACCUGCGUGCCAUCCUGUCAUUGCCUCUGGGCGACACCUCCCUCCGUGUUCCCUCGGCGGCCAUGGUGAACGUCCUUGGUGUCGACGACUCGAUGGGUCCCGUGGAGGACAUUGCCGAUGCCUCCCUGGCCGUUCCAGGCGCCACAGUCCACCUGUACGGCAAGGCCGCCUCGCGCCGUGCCCGUAAGAUGGGUCACAUCACCGUCUGUGGUCCCAGUGACGCCGAGGUGCGCGGUGCGGUCCGCACGUUGCUCGAGGCCCAGCCCGACCUCGACGCCACGUUCAUCGACAGCGUCGCGGCCGCCCCCGUCGCGGGACACUCGCACGCCCAGCCCCUCGUCGGCAUCAUCAUGGGCUCGGACAGCGACCUCCCGACCAUGCUCCCCGCCACCAAGAUUCUCGACAAGUUUGGCGUCGCGUACGAGCUGACCAUUACGUCGGCCCACCGCACCCCGGACAGGAUGGUGCAGUACGCCCGUGCCGCAGCGUCGCGCGGCCUCCGCGCCAUCAUCGCCGGCGCAGGCGGUGCGGCCCACCUGCCAGGCAUGGUCGCGUCCGAGACCAGCGUCCCCGUCAUCGGUGUGCCCGUCAAGGCGUCGGUGCUCGAUGGCGUUGACUCGCUCUACUCCAUCAUCCAGAUGCCCCGCGGUAUCCCCGUCGCCACCGUCGGAAUUAACAACAGCACCAACGCGGCGCUCUUGGCAAUUAGGAUUCUCGGUACCUCCGUCAACGACCUGCAGGUCGACACGGAGAAGUACUCCAAGGCCCUCGAGGAGGAGGUGCUCGACAAGGCUGAGGUGCUCGAGGAGAUGGGUUGGGACAAGUACGUCACCGACGUCCUGAAGAAGUAG